CAUACUGGCCGCCUUGUUAUCGGAGACCACAGAUCAACCUCUCACUUCAGGACAGUACACUGGGCAAUGCAGGGGAAGAAGACAAGAAGAUGAAUGAAGAACUGGAGUCUCAGUACCAGCAGAGCAUGGACAGCACGAUGUCCGGGCGGAACCGGCGCCACUGCGGACUGGGUUUCAGUGAGUUUCAGGAAAGUGAAGAACAAGACGACGUCGUUGGACACUCCUCUGAUGAGAGUUCAGAGGACUCUGAAAGUGGCUCUGAGUCGGAGCAAGAGGAGUCUGCCGAGGAGCUACAAGCUGCUGAAAAACAUGAUGAACCUGAGGUUCAAGAAAACAAAAAGGAAGCAAAAAGCAACUAUAAAAUGAUGUUUGUUAAAGCCAGUGGCUCAUAACUGCAGAUGUAACAGCUUUGUAUUUAAAGUACAGUAAGCCUUAUUGUUACCGUGCAAAGUGGAGGACUGCUACAGCACAAAUCUUUGUAUUAUGAUUUUAAAAACGACCCUGUUAGAUGACAAAAAGUAGUAUUUGCUUUCCAUUGCCAUGGAUAACAUUUUUAUGGGCACAGUGAUAUUACUGGUUUUUGUAAAGUGUAUAAAAUACUGGAUGGAGAAAUAAAUUCUUUUUGUUCCUGCCCAAUCUCUACAAUGUUAUCUAAGCUAUCCCCCUCCUUAUUCCAUGCCAGAUAAGGAAACUUCAUGUUAGUGUUUUAUUUAGUUAGUACCCCAGUCUUGAGUUUUUAACUAUUAAGAUACAUGUGAAUUGCUGGAUGUUGCAUUAGUUGUAAAAUACCAGUAUCAGCACUAUUUUGUGAUGUACUAGAGCUUUAAACAUUGAUUUUGUCUGUAGAUGCUAGUGUUGGCAGGGCAAAGAGGAGAAAUGGCUCACUUCUGUCACAGUAUUAAUCGCUGCAUCCACCUGAAGUCCUACAGCAGCUGCACAGGAGAAGGUGUUUUAGAAAUGCGUAGUACAACAGAAAGCUCUGAUGGCUCCUCUGGCUUUAUAACGAGAGGGAUAAGCUGUAGUUCUUUAUACCUGGCAGUAGAAAAGUGAUUUUUUUAAUUCAGGAUUCCUGGUUAUAGCACUGACCUGUUAUUAAAAGUAACUCCUCCCGCAGAAAACAGCUUCCUCUGAAAGAGAAAAGAUGCUUAGGUAAUGAAAAGGAUAUACAAAUCACUUAGCUUUUUAAAGCACAGAAUACAGAGUUAAGUAUG